GCAAUCAGUUGGAGAAACGACGCAGCAUGGACAAUACAUCAAUGGAGUUGCUGGUAGUGGGCCUACUCCUGAUUCUCGUCCGCCAAGGCGUUCGAUCGGAGUUUGGCGACCUGGCCGGCGAUUGGCUGGUGGAUUAUGGCCAGUCGGAGCUGCGACUGCUGGAGGGUGAAAGUCAGUCGGUGGUGUUGCACAUAUACAAUGUGCUGCCCAAGGAUUCGGCACUGGAUUACCAAUUUGUGGUCUACUCAGGGGAUGAGCAGAGGGCAUCGUCUCUGAUCACGAUACCAUGGGAGGAUUUCGACCAGUUGGGUAGCUGGCGGGGAUCGGUCGAUGUCACCGGAGUGCGAUUCGGAUACAGUUCGCUGGAAGUGGAGCUGCAAUCGGCCGGGCUAAAGGAGAAGGAGGCAUAUCCGAAUCCCCUGAGCAUAGCGGUCCUAAGGUCACGAGUGGUGGACGAACGUGUCACCACCUACGUGUCCGCUGCCUUGGCUCUGCUGAUGUUCCUCAAUCUGGGAACUGCCUUGGAUCUGCAUCGACUGGCGGCCAUCGUUUGCCGACCCGUUGGCCCCGUGGUGGGCGUGGUCAGUCGAUUCGUGGCCAUGCCCGCCCUGGGCUUUGGACUGGGUCGUGCCCUUUGGCCGGGCGCCUGGCCACUGCAACUGGCCCUUCUCUAUACCGCCGUGGCGCCCAGCGGUGGCCUGGCCAAUGUGUGCACCGUCUUCCUCAAGGGCAACCUCAAUCUGUCGGUGGCCACCACCACCAUCAAUUGCCUGCUGGCCCUGGCCUUCCUACCCAUUUGGAUUUUGGUCUUGGGGCGGCUGCUCUACGAAGACGACGAGCUGGCGGUGCCAUUUGGCCAACUCUCUGGCGGAGCGGCUGCCCUGGUGGCCUGCCUGGCCAUUGGCGUUCUGCUGCGACUCUGCGUCCCGCGCACCACGCGGUUCAUCUUCCGCUUCCUCAAGCCGCUCUCCGUGAUCCUCAGCUUGUGCCUGGUGGGGCUGACCGUGGGACUCAACUGGUUCGUCUUCCUCGAGUUUACCUGGCAGGUUCUGGUGGCUGCCUUGUGCCUGCCCCUCGCUGGGUACCUGGCCACUUACCUGCUGUCCAAGCUGCUCUGCCGGUCGGCCACCGACGCAAUGACCCUGUCCAUCGAGGCCAGUGUGCUGAACAUGACCAUGCCCAUUGUGCUGCUGCAGUCCAGUCGACUGGACCAGCCGCAACUGGAUCUCGUCCUGGUGGUGCCCAUUGCGUCCUCGCUGGUGUCCCUGGUCCUGGUGAUCCUCUUCUAUGGCGCUCGGCGAUGCCUUGGCUGGAAUAAGCGGCAGGAUGAGGAUGGCUUCGACCACAAGCAGCUGAUAGCGGAGCACGAGGAGCAAGAGGGUGACCUAUACCAGCGGCCCUAAAUCGUUUUUUAUUUUUGUUUAUAGGAUUAUGGACAAACGCUGAAAGGCUUUUAAUCGCUCGACACUAUUACUAAACCAUUUGAACUUAUUGAAAGAAAUGGUUAUAAGUAUGUACAA